CUCCAGGGACCCCCCACCAGGAAGAGAUCACCGCAAACGCAGGUGCAACAGCCCCUCAUGGAGCUCCCGGGCACACCGCCCCUGCAAGAGGUCCCCGGGGAAGAGUCCCUGCCUGAGGACUCAGGCGUGCAGGUGACGCCCAGCACGCACAUUCUCUACGUGGGCCACCUGAACCCCCAGUUCUCAGUGCCUGUGCUCACCUGCCUGCUGCGAGACGCCCUGGAACGGCUGGGGCUGCCGGUGGCACGGGAGCACAUCGAGGUGGUGAGGCGACCACGGAAGGCCUACGCACUGGUGCAGGUGACCACCCACAGGGACAGCCUGGCCUCCCUCCCCUGGCGCCUGCAGACGGCCGUGGAGGAGCACCAGAUCCUCAAGGAGCUGGUGGCCCGCGGGAAGGAGCUGGUGUUGGGUGACAGCCGAGGGCCCUCGCGCGCCAGAGAGCGGGAGGACAACAGCAGCCAGAGCCCGAGCCCCAGCCCUGCCAACAGCCCCCCGGCACGGGCCCCGCAGAGGUCCCAGGACCGGCCCAGCGGCGCACGCUCCGACAGCGCCAUCGUGCACCAGGAGGUCCCGGGCCAGGAGCGCCUCUUCCAGGGCGCCUUCCUGGGCAGCGAGACGCGCAGCGUGGAGUUCAAGCGCGGCGGCGGCGAGUACCUGAGCCUGGCCUUCAAGCACCACCUGCGGCGCUACGCGUGCGCCUUCCUCAACGGCGAGGGCGGCAGCCUGUUCGUGGGCGUCGAGGACAGCGGCCUGGUGCGGGGCGUCCCCUGCAGCCACCGCGAUGAGGACCGCGUGCGCCUGCUGGUGGACUCCAUCCUGCAGGGUUUCCAGCCCCAGGUCUUCCCCGACGCCUACACACUCUCUUUCAUCCCCGUGGUCAGCACCAUCGCCUCCCCCACCCCCCUCAAGGUGAUCCGCCUGAGGGUGCGCGCCCCCAGGGCCCAGGCCGAGCCGCAGCUCUAUGAGACUGACCAGGGGGAGGUGUUCUUGCGGCGGGACGGGAGCAUCCAGGGCCCGCUGUCUGUCCACGCCAUCCAGGAGUGGUGCAAGCAGAAGUGGGUGGCGGAGUUGCGCACGCUGCAGGAGAGGGUGAAGGUGCUGACGGCGGAGAAGGAGCAGCUCCGGCAGCAGCUGAAGCACCAAGGACCCGGCUCCCGCACCUGCUGCGUCCUGUGA